AAAAAUGUGCCUUAUUCUAGCGCAAUAAUAAAAGAGAAAUUGACACCGUUAACUACACAACUCAAGGAAACCAUCAAGCGUGAUGGGCCUAUCUCAAUCGCAAAGUACAUGCGUGAGGCUUUGACGAAUCCAAAGAGCGGUUAUUAUAUGAAAGAUGAUGUAUUUGGAGAAAAAGGAGAUUUUAUUACUUCCCCCGAAGUUAGCCAGAUGUUCGGUGAGUUAAUCGGGAUUUGGUUUCUGACACAAUGGAUGAGUCAAGGCAAACCCCAAAAGAUUCAAAUCGUAGAACUGGGGCCGGGAAGGGGCACAUUACUUGACGACAUGCUUCGUGCAAUGUCAAACUUUAAGGAAUGCUAUGAGACAAUAGAUGGCGUGCAUCUGAUAGAGAUAAGUCCAGGAAUGCGCAGAAUUCAGAGGUUAAAGCUAUGCGGGAAUGUAGAAAACGGACGUGAAGAUAAUGCCGAAGUUGUCUCUCGGGAAAGUGACGGAUUAAAGUUCUUUUGGCGUGAUUCGAUUGAAGAGAUUCCGGGGCGGUGGUCCAUCAUUGUUUCUCAUGAAUUUUUUGAUGCAAUGCCGAUCCACGGAUUUGAGCUAAAAAAAAAUGGGUGGCAUGAGAUCACAGUAGACGUGGAUGAUUCAGAAGACAGUCCUCGUCACCUCCGUUUUGAAUCAUCUACGGGGCCCACGUCUCCCGCAGCUUUCACGAAUCUUCCACCACCCGAAAAAUUCAAAAUCGGUGACCGGAUAGAGAUUUCGCCCGAAUCAUGGAAAAUUUCCAAACAAAUUGCGAAAUACAUCCAUGAUAAUGGAGGAGCAUCGCUUAUUAUUGAUUAUGGUAAGGACUUUAUCCAGGGUGACACUUUAAGGGCGAUCAAAAGGCAUAAAUUUCUUCAUCCCUUGUGUUUACCCGGUCUUGCAGAUUUAAGUGCAGAUGUAAAUUUCCAGUAUCUCAAGGAGUCCGCGAAAGGAUUAGUUAACACCUACGGACCAAUUACACAGUCAAGGUUUCUACAAACCCUUGGCAUAAAAACCAGACUAUCGAUGUUACUCGAGAAUGCUCCGCCUAACAGACGUGAGAUACUGGUUUCAUCAUACAAAAGACUUAUUGAUCCUCUGUCAAUGGGUGAAAUCUAUAAAGUAUUGGCGUUUAUUCCCAAAGGGUCUACCGGGGUGCCCGUUGCCUUUGAGUAA